CGCAACGGGAUGGACUAGUGGGAACAGAAACAUUAUGGCUGCCAGUCUUUCCCUGACUCAGCUUUCAAGUGGAAAUCCUGUCUAUGACAAAUACUAUCGACAGGUGGACCCAUCUGGUAGCGGACGUGUGGCGGCCGCUGAUGCGGCCUUGUUCCUGAAGAAGUCCGGCCUUGCAGACCUGGUCCUAGGCAGGAUAUGGGACUUGGCAGAUGUAGAACGAAAGGGCUCGUUGAACAAACAGCAAUUCUUCAUAGCCCUGCGAUUAGUGGCUUGCGCGCAAAAUGGAAUGGAGGUGGCGCUCAAGAGCCUCAACGUGGCCGUUCCUCCCCCCAAGUUUCAUGACACCAGCAGUCCGCUCCUCCCUGCUGGGGGCGUGGCCAUCGACGGCCCAUGGGUGAUAAAGUCAGAGGAAAAAAUGAAGUAUGACGCCAUCUUCGACAGCCUCUCCCCAGUCGGAGGCAUGCUGACAGGGGAGAAAGUCAAACCGGUGCUGCUUAACUCCAAACUUCCCGUGGACGUCCUGGGUCGGGUGUGGGAGCUGAGUGACAUCGACAGGGAUGGCAUGUUGGACAGAGAUGAGUUUGCAGUGGCCAUGUACCUGGUCUACCGAGCUCUGGAGCAGGAGCCAGUGCCCAUGUCUCUGCCGGGCCCCCUGGUGCCCCCAUCCAAGCGGAAGAAAUCCAUUGGGGCCCCCAUAAUGCCCCUGUUGCCCUCACCCCCUUCCCACAAAGACAGUCGCUCUUCCCAGACCAUGACCAAAACGUUGCCUCCAAAAGCUGGAGUGACUCAGUGGGUAGUGUCUCCCGCAGACAAAGCUAAGUACGAUGAGGUGUUCACUAAAACGGACAGUGACAUGGACGGUCUGGUGUCCGGGCCAGAGGUGCGAGACAUUUUCCUGAAGACCGGGCUGCCCUCCACCACCCUGGCACGGAUCUGGGAACUGUGUGACGUCAAUGACAUGGGGAAGCUGACUAGAGAGCAGUUUGCUCUGGCUCUACAUUUGAUCAACCAGAAGUUGCACAAGGGGAUUGACCCACCCCAGGUCCUUCCUCCCGAAAUGAUCCCUCCCUCCGACAGACUGGCACGACAGAACAACGCGGUACCCAGCCAGGCCGCGGACUUCUCUGCCAUCAAGGAACUGGACUCCCUCAGCAAUGAGAUAGUGGACCUGCAGAGGGAGAAGAGCUCGGUGGAGCAGGAAAUCAAAGAGAAGGAGGAGAGCAUCAGGCAGAGGAGCAGCGAAGUCCAGGACCUCCAGGAUGAGGUGCAGCGGGAGAGCGGGGAGCUGCAGCGGCUGCAGACCCAGCGGCAGGAGAUCCAGGAGGCGCUGGAUAAGCUGGACGUGCAGAAGGCUGCGCUGGAGGAGCAGCUGGGGCAGAUCCGCCAGCAGUGCAGCCAGGAGAACCAGCUGAUCCUUUCCCUGCAGGCGGAGCAGGUGGAGCAGGAGCAGAAGAUCGGGGAGUACGAGGAGGAGCUGGCGCGGGCGCGGGAGGAGCUGCGGCGCCUGCAGGAUGAGACGGCCCGCAUGGAGGAGAGGGUGGAGGCGGCGCGCGCCCAGCUCAACCCCCUGCAGGACUCCGUCAGGGAGUCCUACUCAGAGGUCUCUCAGGUGCAGCAGAAGCUGACUGAGCUGCAGACGGAGGAGAGGGACGUCACCUCACAGCUCAGCUGGCAGAAGAGCCUGUUGGAGGAGCCAGUGCUGGUCAACGGGGCAUCUGACGAGGCCCACGAGGAUCAGCGGGAGGAGGAGAGAGAAGAGCAGGAGCAGCCACAGCAGGAUCAGGAGCAGGAUCAGGAGCAGGAGCAGCAGCAGCAGCAGCAGCAGCAGCAGGAAGAGGGGCCGAAGCCCAAGGCUAACGAGGAACAGGAGCCUGCACCUGAGACGGAGGAGGACCUCUAUAGCGGCGCUCCUCAGGAGACCCAGGAAAGCGGUAGUUCCUUGUCCUUAGCUGAAAUCCCAUCAGAAGUGAAAGAAGAGAAGGAGCAGUCACCCAGUGGUAGCAGUCCAAAGCCGGUGGAGUCCCCAGAGCCAGAGAAGAGAGCUGAGCCCUCCCAGCCUCCCCAGCCAGCACCAGCCCUGCAGACGGCCCCCAUCGUCACCGGGCUGGACUUCUUCCAGGCAGACCCUUUCAAUGACCAUGAUCCAUUCAAAGAUGACCCCUUUGCAAAAGUGGACGUCUCAGAUCCUUUCGGUGGAGACCCUUUCAAGGGCACGGACCCCUUCGCGGCAGACACUUUCUUCAAGCAGCCUUCUGCUGACCCCUUCACGUCUGAUGACCCCUUCACCUCCGCCGACCCCUUCAGUGGCACCACCAGUCCGGCGGAGCCAGACCCCUUCAGCUGCCAGCUCAACAACGCAGCUGGACCAGACCCCUUUGCUUCAAAUCUCAGCAGCACAGCUGGAAUGGACCCGUUUGGCUCCAAAGUCAACAGUCUAGCCGACGCUGACCCGUUUGGCUCCAAGAGCAACAAUGCGGCCGACCCCGACCCGUUCGGCUCCAACAUCAGCCUCUCGGCUGGGCCCGACCCCUUCACCUCCUCCCCGCCUUGCAUGGACCUCCCCACGAAGGACCUGUCUGCAGUGGCGAAUGACCCCUUUGCUCCAGGAGGCACCACAGUAAACCUGCCCUCUGACCCAGACCCCUUCGCUGCUGUGUUUGGGAACGAGACCUUCGUAGGGGGAUUUGCGGAUUUCAGCGCUCUGUCGAAGUCGAACGGUGCUGACCCUUUCAGCCCCUGCACCACUCCGAGCAGCAAGAAUUUGUUUAAGGAGGAUAGUCAGUCAAGUAGCCCCGACGUGCCCCCGGCCCUGCCCCCCAAGACGGGCACUCCCACCAGGCCUCCCCCACCUCCUCCUGGCAAAAGGUCCACAAUUUCUAGAUCAGAGUCUUCCGACUCUUUCCACCGGAGGGCGCCCUUUUUGCCGCAGGGCUCAGGAGACUCUGCCACGCUGCCCGCCAAGGACGCAGCCCCGGAUCCUUUCGCCCCGUCCUCUCCCCGCCAGCCUUCCCGGGACCCUGACAGAUUUGCCAGCUUUGACAAAUACCCCACAGAGGAGGACAUGAUUGAGUGGGCCAAGCGGGAGAGCGAGCGGGAGGAGAAGGAGCGCCUGGCCCGCCUGACGCAGCAGGAGCAGGAGGACCUGGAGCUGGCCAUCGCCCUCAGCAAGUCGGAGCUCUCCUGAGGCCUGCCCCUGCGGCAGGCCGCUCUCACCAAAGGAGGAAGGAAGUGGCCAAACUGAACUGAAGGGCCAGCCCCGCCCCAGGAUGGGGAAAAUAUUUCACCCCUCCACCAACCACCAUCUCACUCAACUCAUCCACCGUGUCACUGUCCGCAUUACCAGUUCUAGGGUUCCCGAUUCAGUACCGGUCCUGCUUCAUUUUGUGGUCUGUGGGAUUGGGGAGGGAGGGAGGGAGUCUCAGAAGCCUUUUAAGGGACUCUUUUAGAAUAGAUUCCCAUUGCCUUCCUGGCAAAGGGAUGGGCAGGCCAUCCAGUGGAUGCCCAUGUAGAGCCAUGAAGUGAGACCCUUCCUCUCCCGGUUCUCUUAUCUAAUUUCAACUGCCUCUACAACUACAGCAAAUAGGGGCCAGUUGUUGGAUGGAUUGAUUCUACUUUCUUCCACUUUCACUAGCUUUUCAGCACAGUCCACGCACAUGUCAAGACUUUACCCCAUAUGCACAGCCUCAGUAAAUUCCCACUGAAAAAAGCCUGCCAGGGCUGUUACAUUUGUCAAUUUAACCAUUACAGAAAACGGGUAAUACUGAUUGGCUGCUGAUCCGUCAUUCAGUGGCCAGAGCCUAGGACUUUGUCACAAAGUCUUUUCUGAAGGUUUACUUGAAGUGGAGAGAUGAACCAGCUCCCAGCUUUUCUGUUUUGCCCAGAUUCCCGAGAUCUGCAGUUAGCUGUAGAAGCAUUUGCUUGAUGAUGUGGUGUGGAAAGUGCUGAGUUUCUCAAACAGGCAAUAACAGCAAAUAUUAAGAGGGACAGUGACAUCAGAUUAUACAGUGGUAGCCAGUGGCCCACAAUGGGCACCUGUUUAAAGAGGGGGCAGUUUUAAUUUGAUUCUUCAUCAUUGUUGGUGCCUCAUUGUGAUUAUCCCUAAUUACUUGCUCUUGUAGCACGUUUCAGCAUAAUACAGUGUACUCUGCGUGCCUGAUUGAUGUUUUGUCACUUGUAAACGUUGUUGCUCUUACGUUGUGUAUGCUUGAAUAUCAACUGCUAUCAGGUGAUUGCCUGCAGUGCGGAUGCUCAACUGGUCUAAAGUACCCUGUAAUCCAGUUUGCGUAAUCAUAACUGAAGGUGGUUUGUGUGUGGGGAAUGUGUGUUAGGCUGAGAUUGGUAGGGAAUGGUUUAUUUGGUCAGGGGCAAAAAGUGAAUUGUAUUAUAAAACAGGGUAUUCCCUAUUUUGUACAUCUUGAAAACAUAAUGCACCAAGCUCUUCCAUAUCGAUCUGACCAGGUUUCACAUGGAGGAAAUGUGUUGAUGCACCGCCUAGUGAACGGUGUAGAAAACUCAAAACAACCAUGUAUAUUUCCUCUGCCAGUUCAUCUUGGGGUCUGAGAUCCAUACUCCUACAUAAAGUUGGCAUGCAUAGCAGGGUAGCGUUAUUUGAUUGAAGCGGAAAUUGCUACUGUAUGUGGCGUUGACCGAGACUGCAGUAGAUUUCGAUUCCACCUGAUUGUAUGAAAACAUAUAACUCAGUUUAUAUCAUACUCAGCUGCUCAGCUCCUGAUAAAACAUUUUCCCCCCCUUUUUUUUCGCUUUGUCUGUACUGGCCUUUCUUGUUAUAUUAUGUGCCAAAAAGACCACUGUGAGGAAGGACCCUCAAAACAUACAUUUAUGGAUAGCUAAGGAUAUGCUCACCAUGAAAUUGUUGCAUCUAGCUCAGCAUUAGUGAUUAUGUUGCACUCAUUGGGUCGUCCUGCAUGUAAUUCUCUUAUUUCCCCUUUCCUAUUAGCUGUCAUUGGAACAAUAUUUACGCCAUACUGAGGCUGACAAACCACUAAGGUUUUUCUUUUUUAAAUAGAGCCCAGAGAAAUCUGUGCAUAGCUCUUAAUGUUGGUGCAUUAUAGGUGCAGGCAAUUACAUCUGUUUUAUCUGCCUACACAAGCAACUCAUUGUGUACUUAAGACCCCAUUUAUUAUUGUGUAAU